CAUUUUCGAACGACAAAUGACAAGGAUCCUACUGCCACACAUAUCCACACAAUUUCUUUUUCAUCGACAGUAAAAUAAAAUAAAAUAUUAUAUUCAAGAUGAAAUUCGCCGUCGCCGCCGCCCUUCUUACCGCCAGUGCUUCGGCAUUCACCACCAUGACCCCUCGCUUCGGAGGAAACGCUGUUGCGUCUAUCCCCGCUUCGACCGCCAUGGCCCCUCUCCUCACCGGAUCGUAAGUAGUCAUUUUGAUCUAAGACGUUGGGUUCUAAUUUUCGCGGUUCUUUGGAAUCAACAUGUGAAGCGUUCUUGAUCAUUCUAACGCAGAAUCCUUUGUCACGAACACAAUGCGACGACAAAUGAAAACGAAAAAAAAAAACCACCGAAUUAUCGGACAAAAAAAAUGAAAAAUUUGGAUCUUGUCGAAAUACGAUCUUGAUAAAUACAAACAAUUUCAAUACAGUGCUUUGCAGAUGGCCAAGCAAGUCCCCCACGGAGGAGGUGAAUUGGUUGACUUGAUGGUCAAAUCCGACGAAGAAAAGGAAGCCGCCAUCGCCAAGGCCACCGUCACCCUCCAAGCCACCGAGCGUCAGUUGUGCGAUGUCGAGCUCAUCAUGAACGGAGGAUUCUCCCCCAUCACCGGAUUCAUGGACGAAGCUACCUACGACUCCGUUGUCGAGAACAUGGCCCUUCCCGAYGGAACCAUUUUCGGACUCCCUGUCGUUUUCGACACCGAUGACGAAGACCUCCAGCCUGGAACCACCAUCCUUCUCAAGCAAGGAGAUUUGGCCAUUGCCACCAUCGAAUUCACCGACAAGUUCACCCCUAACAAGGUCAAGGAGACCAAGGAGUGCUACGGAACCUCCGARUUGGAGCACCCCGGAACUCUCAUGGUUGCCACCGAGCGUGGAAAGUWCUACAUGGGAGGAAAGGUCACCGGAUUGAAYWCUCCCGUCCGUGAUUUCCCUUGCAAGACCCCCGCCGAGGUCCGUGCCGAGCUCCCCGAUGACAAGGACGUCGUCGCCUUCCAGUGCCGAAACCCCGUCCACAGAGCCCACUACGAGCUCUUCACCCGUGCCCUCGACGAUCCUUUGAUCGGAGAAGACGGCAUCGUCCUUGUCCACCCUACCUGCGGACCUACCCAGGCCGACGACAUCCCGGGAGUCGUCCGAUACAAGACCUACGARGUCCUCAAGGAGGAAACCAAGAACGACCGUGUGUUCUGGGAAUACCUUCCUUACUCCAUGCACAUGGCUGGACCCCGUGAGGCCAUCCAGCACAUGAUGAUCCGAAAGAACUUCGGAUGCACCCACUUCAUCAUCGGACGUGACAUGGCCGGAUCCAAGUCCUCCAUCACCGGAGAAGAUUACUACGGUGCCUACGAUGCCCAGGACAUUGCCGCCGCCAACGCCGAGAAGCUCGGAGUCACACCCGUUCCUUCCCUCAACCUUGUCUACACCGAAGAGGAGGGCUACGUCACCGCCGACGAGGCCAAGGAGAAGGACCUCAGCCUCAAGAAGUUGUCCGGAACCAAGUUCCGACAAAUGCUCCGAGGAGGAGAAGACAUCCCCGAAUGGUUCGCCUUCAAGUCCGUCGUCGAGGUCCUUCGCGAAAACCAAUAAACGACAAAUCCAUGGGAAUGAAUGCUACUUUUUGUACGCCUAGCUUCUAGUCCGCAUAAAAACUAGUCUUGUAU